AUGAUUGGAAGAGUUGUUCAUAUCAGUGCUGAUUUAGUAUUAUUGUCUGCUUUCUUAGCUGGGGUCAAAAGAAACACUGGUUUAACGCCAAAUCUUGAUUCUGCUACUAAUAGUGAAGAUGUUAAAUAUUACGCGGGCAAAUAUUUAGAUUUGGGUGAAAGAAUAUUUGAUUACUCGUCGACGUACUUUGGAUCGUCGGAUUAUUUCAAGCGUAGAUAA